ACUAUUGACCCGGAUAUAGCACCUUAUCUUGCAGCGCAUAAUCUUAGAGCCCGAAUAUUAAAUAAUAGUGAAAUUAGUGAAGAAGCAACUUCAUCAAUUUUUACAGUGUCAGAAAAAUAUGCGCCUCUUAUAGAAGAUAUAAAGUUUAAGGUUGGAAAUGGAACAUAUGUUGAUGAUGGACGAGUAUAUAUUCGUUGGGUUAAUGAUAUCGUAAGAUGGGGCAUGUUUGCUGGUCGUUCUUUCCAGCCAAAAGACCUUCUAGGGGUCUAUACUGGGUUAUUAACGCGUCAUCUUUAUGAUGUUGAGUAUGCUUGGGAAUUCAAUUAUCUUGUGGAUGUUUUAGAUGAAAAUAAUGAAAAAGUGAGGGUUUGUAUUGAUGGUAAAUUUAUGGGAAAUUAUAUGCGAUUUGCCAAUCAUCGUGACACAAACCAUAAUGGUGACCAACUUUAUGCGAUUUAUGAUGAUCUUUGGUUGGUGCUCUAUAUAGCACAGGAUGAAAUUAAG